AUGAGCGAUCAAGUCAUCGCCAUAUACAAACUACAGGAGUUCUUCGGAGAUUUCGCUUCAUACGAUAGGCUAUGCCGUAAUGUUAUGAUUACGUGUCAAGUGGACUUCGAUGCCAAUAACCACCUAGUAGCACUCAAUAUGGUACCAAAUCUAGCAACGGAUACUUCAUGUGUAUUCUAUGCACUGCUAUACAGCAUUGAAAAUGGAAAGUAUCGAAAAUGGCUGGCGCCAUGUAAAAUGACACCACCAGAUGCAAGAAGGGUACUAGAUAUUAUACCGGAACAUGAAAUAAGAGAUCCAAAAAUACAUAUGGAUACACUUGAACAAACUAUUAGGUUACUGCUAAGGAUAGGAUUUGGAACUGAUGAAGUUAGAUCGAUCAUGCAAAUAUUAGCAGCUGUGGUACUAUUUGAUACAUACAAUAUCGUAAGGGCACGUAUCGAUGAGCAGGAAACGAAGAAAACUGAACCGAAUACGCAAGAUAAGGAUGAUGAAACAAACAAGACACGCAGACAUUCAGGAAAAAGAGUUACAAUAAAAGAUAAUCGAGAUACUAUUCUAAACCCUAAAGAUAUAUUGGUUUUCGCUGCAGAAGUAAUAGAUAUACCUUUAUUGAGGGCACCUGCAAAUACACUGACGUCACCUGAUCUAUUGUUCAGAUUGGAUUUAUUAGGAGCUAAUAACAAAUGGCAGUUCGAUAACAUCGCACCGGCAUUGUUUAUCAGAUUAAAGCUGGCAAUAUACAGAAGAGCUAAUAGGUUCCUAAGUAUUCAAAGGGCAGGACCUGCAUGUUCAUCCAUCGCUAUACAUUGCAACUCGGGGUCGUUCCCACAGUCACUAAGGGUCAAACAACAUGGUGAUACCGAAAUAGCAAGAAGAGCCUCUGAAGAAGCUUUCGUAUACCACUUCAGUAACGCAACGGAAUGUGGAAACAAUGUGUCAACUACAGAGUUUGCAAGGAGGAAUGCUGCGGCGGUAAACACGUUGACAAAAGAUACAGGGUUAUUGGCCAAGAUCGUACUAGCGGCACAAAAAUAUUCAAAAGAUAAAAAUUACGAUCCUGCAGUUGAUCUUGGAGAUAUUACGACAGUACAACACUCAUGGCAAAAUGUGGAAUAUGAUCUAGUGUCUAUUGCAAAAGAUGAAGUUUCAAUGUUCGCAUUACCGGAAGGGAUAUGUAAACUAUUAUCAUAUUCAAGUAACCAAUUUGUUGUUAGUCUAUUGAUACCAAAAAGGUCAAACCACACAGUAUACGGAACAUGUGCCGUAGCACUCAGCUAUAUCAGGUUUCUUAACGAUUGCGUUACGAGAGAUGACCUUACAUAUCACGUUGUAUGCACGUAUCCAAGGUUGGGACGCAAAAUAUACAAAAAGGUCAAUGAACAAGAAACAGCAAUGACUCAUGGAAAUGUACAACCACAGCAUAUAGCACAAGAUGUAAGGUUGCUGAAACGAGCACUGUCAACUAAUAUACCAAUUAUAGACCUCUGUAUGGCACAAAGGGAACAUUCACAGGUCACCCUAGAAUUGGAAGUCGCGUUAAAUACGUUCAUGCCAAUCGCAUAUGUGGCACUACAGCCGUCAAUGCACCGGACAAUACCGCUAUUAGAAGGUGAAGAAGCGUUCAGGCUUAUGCUACACGCAUUCAAUGUACCGGAUUCAGCAUGCCGUAUAGAAGGAGAAAAGGUUACGUUGAAACGAUCGUUAUGUGUAAAACUCAUGGCAAGAGUAUCGAGCUAUCUAAACAGGGUAGUAGACAGUGUAAGACUGAUACAGAGUUGGUGGAUAGGUUACAAUACUAUACAGUUAAAAAGAGUGCUACGACGAGUUGUAGUUAGACUUCAAUCACGAGCACGACAACUCAUAUUCAGAGACCAUGUCAACGCAAUAGCUAGAGGACGAAGCCUCAGCCUAGACUUUAUUGGAUAUUGCCUAGUAGUAUACCAUCUAAAGGUUAGCCUCCAGUCGUCAUCGCACAAGACCUUACAACUACUACACUCUAUGGAAAAAAGAUAUCAUGAAAAGGAAUAUCACUGUAUACAACAUGCAGCAGCUACAUAUAUACAAGCAUGUUGGCGCGGUCGUACCGUGAGACGACAGUAUGCUAGGAUGAAACGUGCAAAGGUCGAAGAAUUCGCACUGACACUAGUACAGGCGACUAUCAGAAGGUUCCUAGCUACUGCGGCAAUAGUACAGAAAAAACCUAAACGUGAAGUCGCAGCAACGAGGAUACAAGCUCAGUUCAGAGGAUAUAAAGCAAGGUGCCGUUAUGAAGUGCUAUCGGGGCUUAAACUAGCUUUACUCUCAAUUGUUAGAAAAGGGGCUAUGCUUAUCAGCCUAAGUGAACAGCUCAAGUUCGUUAAAGAACGCAAAAAGGUUAAUUCUACAACUGUGGAAAUUAAGAGAUUGAUCAUGAUGCAAACUAACCUGCCACCGGGAUUUGUAAAAGCACAAAAUAUGAUCAGGAUGCACUUUGUAAGGAAACAGUAUCUAUACCUAAGGGCAGCUAUUGAUAAGGUACAAGCAAUCGCAAUGACCAAGGUAGCAAGGAUACGAUAUUUAACAAGGGUAAAAGCAGCAAAAACUAUACAACGCUGGUGGCGUGGAGUACGCAAACCAGGAUUAUCGAUCAUACCUGGUAAUAUACUGUACUACCUAAAUAUAAGGGAACACGCUGCAUCGGUACCACUGCGACAAAUUUGCAACCUUAUAGGACACGCACUCUUCCAUUUCAGAGCCUACCAAGAUAUAAGAAUGAUAUACCCUCGGUCAUGGGCUGCAUACCCGAUCACACUGCUAACACAUCUCUUGCAAGUACAAAGAUCGCUCAUCGAAACAUGUGGAGCUGAAUCUCCCAAGCUCAAUGGGUUACAGUUUGCUAUCUCAGCUUAUCACAGUCUCAUGCUAGUCAGAUAUUCGAAUGGUGGCGGAUCAAAGCUAUAUUCCUGGGGAGGACAGUCAGUGCUGGAUACAGAUGCCACGAGAAAACCGAAUGCCAUGUACAUGGAAAAACCACUGGAGUUCUAUCAAUUGGAAAAUACUGAUAUAGAACCGGCAGGAAGACACAAAUUGAUACUAAUAGAUGAUGUAGAAAUAGUAUCAGUUGCUUGCGGGAACGAAUUCUCACUAGCACUAGAUAGAAAAGGAAGGCUAUUCACUUGGGGCAAUAAUCGCUACGGACAAUGUGGACAGGGACAUAGAUUAGUGAAUCUAUGGUCGCCAACACUACUGCCAAUACACGCUGUUACUGGGAUAUGGUGCGGUGAAGCACAUUCGGUUAUACGACUAUCUGUAGGAGAGUACUUCGUAUUUGGAAGAGCCUUUGGAUAUAUCAUAUAUGCGCCAGAGGAUAUCAAGGCACACUGUGAAGCUAUCAGGAACCAACAUAUAGAGGCGGUAGCAUGUGGAGGGGCGCUCACGGUGUUAUACACGGCCGAGCUACGCUACGUACUCCAUGUCCUGGGAGGCAGUCCAACAUUCGCGCAAUGUUACAAUCUUAGAGGUAACAUCAAGUCUAUAUGUACCAACGGACGCAUGAUAUCGGCCCUAGUAGGAAACAGUGAUGAAAGAGGUGCAGAACAGAGAGUUCUAGCUUGGGGACAGUUACGUUGCUUCUCACGCCAUUUCAAAGAACCACUGCCAAACACAGCUGUCCUAGUCAAUGCGUUUUGUGAAAUGUUCGAACACCCAGAAAGAAGGAAACCAAGAAGAUCGUUAAUCAAGGUAGAUUCACAUCUCGCCAAACCAUGUACAAUACCAUCACCAACGAAGAUCAAUAUCACGAAAAGGGUAGUAAGCCUAAAUUGUGACCAUCAACAGCUUAUCAUGACAUGUACUCAAGGGGUGGUAUUAGCAGUACAAACAUUCGAACUUCUACACAGUAACCCGAGCGACAUACGAGGAUCAGAUGAUCAUUCGAUACGCCUGGAUCCACAAGUUACAAACGCACAACUAGAACCCGGAUUAUACCAAUUUACGGCACUAGAAAAAGCGGAAACACCCAUACAAAUAGCCUACAACAGACUAUCAUGCUCUAUCGUCUACCGCGCCAUGGGCUAUGGCACAAAACGCCACAAAGGCGAACAUAGGCGCGGCCGCCAUCUACAAGUCGAUGAAGCAUUGUAUAUGGCAAAUCGAGAAGCAGCUUCUAAUCUAAGGUUAUGUAUACUCAAAGGAGAAGGAGCAGAAGGACAUAAACUGGGACCAUGUCAGUUCAGGCAAAUAUGUACUUUCAAACAAUUGGAUAUAAGAACUAGACCACUGACACAAAGAAUAGACAACCAUGGAAGCAAAUGCCCAUGGUGUCUAUCUCAUACCCAAAAAGAACUAGUCAUAUCGCAAUCGCAAAAUGUAUUCUUGGCCAUGGAACACAUCAAACAAGCAAUAUUAUAUGACCAAUUAGUCAUAGCACCAAAACAACAUAUACAAAGCACUCUCUACCUUGAUGAUCAAACAUAUACAGAAAUCAGAAACUACCAAAAGACACUUGUACAAAUGUUCCAUCAACAACAUAAAACUGUUAUAUUUGUAGAAACCGCACUCAAUGACCCAUACCACAGGAACAAAGAAGACGGAGGAACCAGAUACUAUCAACACGCUUAUAUACAAUGCUUCGCAAUACCAGAAAAUUAUAUUGACGAAGCAAAAAGUAUAUUCAAAAAAACAUUAACAGAAAUUGUACCCGAGUGGGCAAAUAACCGAAAACUUAUAAAUGUUACAGGAAAAACAGGGGUACGUGGACUAAUACCCAGAGGAUUCGACUUCGUUCACGUUGACUAUGGACUAUCGGGAGAUGCUAUAGCAUGUGUUGUAGAGGACCUCACCAAGGUCAACCAAGCAGUCGCCAGAGAAGUCAUAGCAGGCAUACUCAGAAUGGACGUUAUGCAACGCGCAUUCAGGACAAUCGACAAACAAACACAAGCAAUCAGCUGGAUGCGCAGACAGUAUAGUGAAUUCGAUUGGACAAAUACUAACUAG